GUGGCGGUCAACUCGAACCCCCACAGAGACAAAGCUGAGCAGGGCAGGUCGGCGCAACGAGUCGCAGCACAUGCCACAAGCACAGUGACGCCAGAGAAGCCCGUCCAGUUUCCAACUGUGUUCUGCGGAAGAGGAAGCGCAAGGCAAGGCCCGAGGCGGGAGCGAACGCAAUGCCAAAGGGCAGACGAGACGAAAGGACGAGACACUUGACAACGAAGAAAGAGUUUGGAAAGUUCCAACGUCGGCCCAUCCCACUGUUACAACUUGCGCCGCCCGGACGGCAAUUAACCUCUUUUUCCACCCACCCAUCCGACUGUUCUGGCAUCCCCCAUCCUCUCCAUUUCCCGUCGAUCCGUUCAAGCCCAACGACGGGACCGCGGUCCAUGGAUGAUGGGACAUCCAUAGCGGGCUCCAUGGCUCCGUACGGGGAUCCCGCUGUGCGCAGCCUGGCAGAUCUGGCCCGGAAUGGAGUCCUGGACUCACUCUUGGCUGCGCUUUUCCAAACAGGCGCCCCGUCGAUGGCUGCCCAAGCGGCGACGUCAGGUUCGAGAGGGCACAAAAGCGGACUGGGCCAUUGAGGCUAAAGGCCGCGUUGGACCGGGUCUGGAAUGGUCAGAUGGGCAGAAUCGCAGCGAAAAGCAACGACGCAGGCCUCGAGAAGGGCUUUUUACAAGGAGUAGCCUUGUUGCCACAGCCCUCUUGUCUCCCGCCAGGUUUGGACGACGGGUGCGAUGACCGAUACGGCGCUGAUGGCCCUCGUUAAGGACCGACAAUCACUGUCGCUCCUCGCGCAAAAUGCCAUGCUGCGGUCAGCAGCUUGUCCAACGAUGAAACAGGCUUUGGAUACCGAGUUCGAAUGCACUUUUGCAUCCCUAUUGGUGUUUCUGGCAUCAUGCGGGAGAGCUGCGGGCCAUCAGUCCGUUGCAUAACUAACAGCGACCAUCUUCUCCCUACCAGACCGUUGGACCAUCCAGAGAAGGCCAGACAAGCUAGGAUCAUCGCUCAAGCAGCAUCGCCAACACCACCAUCUUCCUCGUUCAGUCUGACGAACCAAGCCAACCCUGUCCUGGCUUCCGUCCGUCGUUCCAAGAAGCCUGCUUUUCCACUCCACCACAAAUCUCCGUGUCGUGUCCAAGACUUAAACUACAAAACCGCCUCGUUUCUUCCCAGCCACCACCUUUUCGCCUGUCCGUUCUCUUUUCGCAAGGACCCUUAAAAACGACACAACUCACGGCUUGGACCAGUGCGACUGCCCGCAUCGCAUUUCGCAGCUCCGGUGGUUCAGCAAGAACAGUUCAGUUUCAGGAUCGUUGUUGGGGAGAGUCGAGUAGACAGACGGAGGACCAUUAUCGGGUCUACUGUCACAGGCCCAUUUUCGUGAGGUCAGCUGGUAGAGUUCCAGGUUGCUUCCUGGCUUCACAUUGCCUUCUCAUAGGCCGAUUACCACCCACGCCUACCACCACACACGACACACAAGAGAGUCUAGAACACCGAGUCCAGUCACUUGUCGAGUUCAGUCCGGCUUUCCAUCGCAUCACCCGUCUUCGCCCACUACCACAGGUACACCUCAGUCAGCCAAACCACGAAGAGGGGUUCAUCGCUUGCCUCACUCACUCACCCAUUCAUUCACUCACUCAUCAACGCCGCCGCAGACACUCCGCGCACCUUACACCAUACAUUGUCAGUGUUACAGUGUCACAUACCAGUCUCAUAAACCCUGGAAGAAGCCACUCGCACGCCACUCCAACGCAGGGCGGCGCCGCUACUCCAUUAUCCAAUCCAAAUUCCAAAAUAGCCCACUGGACCCAAGGCGGGUCAACGGCCUUCACCGACACUACCGGCGCUAUUGGCCUGGGUUCGCAUACCUUGCGUUAGGGGGCCAGCCAUCCCACCACUUCACUCACUCGCUCUCUACUGCGACACUGGAUCACACACAUUAUUCCCGCUUUUCCCCUCUUUCUUCGCUCUCUUCUGGCCCUCUCUCCCUAGAGGUGUCGUCAUCGCCCUGAUUCUCGACUUUCGCAAUACGAGCAACUUCUCUCGAGAUUCACAACCACGAACUCCUGUCAUCACCCGAUCAUUCCACAACUUCCCGGGAACAACCUAUCACCUGUGACAUCCCGGAUCCCUAAUUUCCACGACUACCGCUAUUUUUCUGCAAGAUUUUGUGAUACCCGAGAUCGACUUUUACUUUCAUUUCCAACCACACAUACGUUAACCAUCAAUCAAAAUGGCCGGCCGUGCUGAGCGCUGGGACCGCGACCGCUUCAUGCAAGAACGGGAGCGAGACCGCUAUCCAGAUGAUCGUCGUUAUCCCGACGAACGAAGCAGGUUCGAGGAAAGAAGCCGCUUCGAGGAACGUGACGACUAUCGCCCACCGCCUCGCCGCGGCAGAGAUCACUCCGAUGAGCGCUUCGACCGUGGCCCAUUUGACCGCGGACAUCGCGGCGGAUAUGAAGAAGAUAUUGUAAGAGACCGCCGCUACGUCGAGGAGGACCGUUACGGCCCUCGUCGCGGAGAGCCUUUGGACCGGGAGUUUGAUCGUCGUCUUUUCUUCGAAAGAGAGCAACGAGAAGUCCGUGAGGCCUCGCCACCACGCCGCCCGACUAUGCUCCGUCGUCAGUCUUCCCUCGACACCUUUGACCGUCGCCCCCUUCGCUUUUAUGAGCGUGAGGAAUACCCCCCGCCAGCCCGCCGUGAAGAUGUUCGCCCUCGCGACGAUUACCGGGCCCCUCCAUACGUUCCAAUCCCUCUGCCCCGCACCCGCCAGCUGGGCCCCGCACCAUCUCAACGAUACGACGAGAUUCAGAUCGCCGAACCAGGCUACUACGGCGACGAGGAAUUCCGCGGCAUGCCUGAGCGGGUGAAGGAGCGUGAGGUUGUUACUUCACGCCGGCGUAGAGACCGCAGCCGAGAGUCCAGGGUGUCAAGGUCAACCAGAAAGAGUUCGCACCGAAGCAGCUCACGAUCAAGCAGCACCUCCAGUAGGUCGACCAGCACCACAACCAAGACCGCGACGACUGUUCGCAGCUCGUACCCGAAGAAGGGCAAGACCCGCAUCCCACAGCGCCUGGUUUCUAAGCGUGCGCUCAUUGACCUCGAGUAUCCUUACAUUGAAGAGGGUAACACCGUCAUUGUUCUCAAGGCUCUCGGCCAGGACAACAUCGAUGAACUCCUGAAGCUCAGCGAGGAGUACAAGCAGAGUGAAUUGGAGAUUGCCGCAGCUCGAUCAUCGGCUGGCAAGCAUGAAGAACGCCACGAGGAGAUCUACACCAUCCCUCCACCGGUUGCCGCCCUACCCCCGCCGCCCCCGACUGUCAUCCAUGUCCCUCCUCCUCCUCCACCGGCGCCUGCUUCAGUAGCGCCGCCUCCCGCGCCCCCAACUGUCGUUUCUGCUCAUCCUCCUGCUCCCCCAUCCGUCUACUAUGAGGCGCCUCCCCCACCACCCCCGGCUCCCGUUCAUGAGGUGGUCAACAAGACUACCAUCAUCCGCGAUGUCUCUCCUGCUCGCAGCUCCACAUCCUACACAACAUCGACGACCGCAACACCAGUCGUAUACGAGCGCCGCGAGUACAGCGAAGAGGUGCCUAUCGGACCCAUGGCGGUCGCUGAGCGUCGCCGUAGCCGGUCUCGGUCUCGCAAGAACAUCAGAUCCGAGAUCAAGGCUCUCGAGGCUGAGCUUCACGAGCGCAAGCACGGAAGGAGCCGCGAACUCGUCCGUGCUGAACAGAUGCCCGAUGGCGCUGUAGUCCUCUUCGAGGAGAAGGUCGAGAAGGUUGAGGAGCCGCGGCGCGGAGUGCGGAUUGAGAAGGACAAGAAAGGUCCUCCUCCUGGAAUCAUGCGCGCUAUGCUGGCAACUCUCACGUAAGGGUACUGUGCUGGCCAGGCGCAUGACUUGUUGUUCAGUACGAAUUUGAAUGUACAGAAGGCGAUUUACAGACCUCGUACCUACGAGAUGGACUUUGUUGCAUUGGUUUUUAGCACGGAUCUGGGCUUUUUCGGAUGAUCUUACCAUUAUUAUUCCCCAAUAGAAAAAAAAGGAGCCUAUGGGUUUUGCGAUCCUUGGAAGGGAUUCGCACACAUGUAUGGAUGGGAUUGGCAAUCCGAUAGUUUCUCAUGCCCUAGCCUAGGUUUCCGGACAUGGUGUAUCGCCUCUACAUACUGGACGGCUCGCCGGUAUACUUUUUCUUUGGUUAGAUGGCGCAAGUUACGAAUUUAUGACUUCUAUUUUUUAACGUUGGGAUAUCAACCAUGCCAUUAUUCUCCCC